AUGAAGAUACUUGGUAUUUUCCUGACCUUUGUCUUCACUGUGUCUUGUGGUCCAUCAGUUUCACAGAAGAAAACAAGAGACAAAACAAGAGAAAUUAUAGUGAGAAAAACAGAAUGUUACCUUGUUCGUGGUGCUUGUAAGACUUCAUGCAACGACUGGGAAUACAUAUAUAAUUACUGCAACAAUGAGCCCUGCUGUGUUGUACGGGAAUAUAAAAGUCCAACCAGUAAAUAA